UUCCAUUCUGCGAGAUUUCAACCACUACUUACGCCUUUUUGUCCACUUAGUCCAUUUGGGGCAGACAGCAACCGAUAAAGAUGCACCCGCGGCCGCUCCUCAUCAUCUCGUCUCUCCUCGCCGUGUUUCUGGUUCUCGCGAGACAAGUGCAAGGCAAUCCCACCUGCAAUAACCAAUGCUGUCGCUUUGUAGAGGGGUUCCCUCUCAGACUGAGGAAACUGCGAGAGGACUACUCACAGAUCCGCGACUAUUACGAAGCCAAUGACGAGCUGGACACGGUGCUGCUGGACGAUUCCGUGGAGCAUUCAUUCAAUAGUCCGUUCGCGUGCCAAGCUAUGGACGGGAUUCUGGGCUUCUACCUCCGCACGGUGCUGCCCAGCGCGCUCGCGGUGGCCACUGAGGACGCAAGGACGCUACGGCCCUAUAUGGAGUCUAUACAGCAGAUCUUUGACGAGCUGAAACGCGAAGUGACCAAAUGUAGGAAUUAUUUUUCAUGUAAGAAGCAGUUUGACAUUCGGAACCUCAACUCCACCUACACACAGAUGGAGAGCAAAGGCCUGUUUAAAGCAAUGGGAGAGUUGGACAUUCUUUUCAACUACUUUGAGAAGUACCUGGCCUCAAAGAGGGAUCGCGGUGCAGCUUCCUCUUCCUCUUCCUCUUCCUGAAAUCUUCAAGUCUGACCCCGUCUCACCCCAUGAUCCUGUCACCCCAUGACCCCAGCCCAUCUUCAGCCUGUGUAGAAUGAACUGUCCAGGCUCUAGAAGUCACUUUAACACCAGACGACUCCUCUCAACAUCUGCACGCAGUGAAUGGACCUUUUGUAAAGUUACAUGAUAGAGCUUUAUCUGCCCUGGCAUAGACCUCCUCAGGCUGAACAUGAAGAA